AUGGACCGAUCAGGAAUACCGCAUCCGGAACCUGAGAUUGACUUGUCUCGCUCUGAUGGGAAUCUCGCCAUGGCUAGAGCUUUAACCCGUAUGACAGAAUUUCUUCAACAAAAUUUUCCGCCGCAAAGAGAGCAACAGAACGGUUGUCCGUACGAAUGCUUUUUAGCUCAUAGGACCCCUACUUUUUCUGAGCAAGAGGAUCCACUUCGUGCUGGAAGGUGGAUUAGUGAUCUUGAAAAGACAUUUGAGAUCUGUGGGUGUACUGAAACUCAAAAGGUGUUAUACGCAAGUUACCUGUUGCAAGGUGACGCGACUGCUUGGUGGGGAACCAAGCGGGAGCUUCUGGAAAUGGAGUUAGGAUCUAUUGCGGCGGUAUCUUGGCCGCGGUUUAAAAAGGAAUUCAAUGAUCGUUUCUUCCCGAAUACUAUGAGGAAACAAAAGGCACGAGAGUUUAACAAUUUAGUACAAGGGGUGAUGACGGUCGAGCAGUAUGCCCGGAAGUUUAUAGAACUCGGGAAGUUUGCUACACAUUUGAUUGCUACGGAAGAGAUGCGGAUCGAGCGAUUUCAGGAGGGUCUACGGCGGGAGAUCCGUAGACAGGUUGCUUGCUUGCAAAUUCCAACUUUUCAGCAAUUAGUAGAGGUUGUUUCGAUUGCAAAGCGGGAGUUUAUUGAUCCUGUUGCUUCACCAAUUGGGCAAAAGAGAAGAGUUUUCGGGGAAAGAAGUAGUUCAGGGUCUACACCUAAGUUUAUUUCCAGAACUGGGGCCCGACCGCAGAUGGCCACCGGAGUACGAAUGGGAGGUCGAGCGCCAGUAUGUGGCAAAUGCAAUAGGUCACAUGUCGGCGAGUGCCACAUGUCUGGGAUUCAGUGUUUCAGAUGCGGGCAAACAAGACAUCUUGCUCGCAGCUGCCCUACCAUGAUGCAGACGAAUCGAGGCGGUUACCGUGGUGGGAGGAUUACCCCAAGACCAACUGUUCAAGCUAGGGUCUACGCAGUGACACCUGGUGAGGUAGAUGAUGAAGCUCAGGAAACCCAAAAUGCUGGAGUCAUCACAGGUACAGUUCGACUAUAUGAUUAUUAUGCUUGCACUUUAUUUGACUCAGGAGCAUCUCAGUCAUUCAUUUCUGCCACCUUUGCUCGGAUGUGCAACCUGGUUUUUAAACCUUUAUCACAGUCCUUGGUAGUGAAGUUACCAAAUGGGGAAACUGUGUGGUGUUCGAAGGUUACCUUAGGUUGUCCUCUGGUUUUAAAUGGAAUGACACUUAAGGCAGAUUUGAUAAGGUUUAAAUUACUUGAGUUUGAAAUUAUUCUAGGAAUGGAUUGGUUAUAUCAGUAUUUCGCCAGCAUUAAUUGUCGUAGUAGGAUUGUUAGUUUCCAACUACCUGGGGAUAAGUAUUUAGAGUUUGCAGGAAGUAAGAUAAAGGCGAAACCUGCAGUUAUAUCUGCCAUUCAAGCAAGCAGGGACUUAGCUAAUGGGGCAGAUGCCUAUUUGGUUCAUGUGGUAUCUGCACUUUCGGAAAGGAAAUCUGUAGCAGAUAUUCCGAUUGUGAUGGAAUUCUCUGAUGUAUUUGUGGAUGAUUUGCCCGGCUUGCCACCUGUUCGUGAUUUGGAGUUCGCCAUUGACCUAGAAUCUGGUGCGGCACCUGUUCAUAAGGCCCCGUACCAAAUGGCGCCAGCAGAGUUAAAAGAGCUGAAGAGUCAAUUACAAGAAUUGGUAGAUAAGGGAUUUAUUCAGCCUAGUGCUACUACUUUUUCAAAAAUUGACUUAAAAUCGGGAUACUAUCAAUUGAGGAUAAAGGAUCAGGAUAUACCUAAGACUGCCUUUAGGUCUAGGUAUGGGCAUUUUGAGUUUAAAGUAAUGCCAUUCGGAUUAGCAAAUGCCCCUGCAGCAUUUAUGGAUAUGAUGAAUAGAGUAUUCCGACCCUAUCUAGAUUCCUUUGUGAUAGUCUUUAUUGAUGAUAUUUUGGUUUAUUCUCGAGAACCAGAAGAGUACGCCAGCCAUCUUUGA